AUGCAUUUAACGGAACUGUGUUGAAUGUAACUUUUCCUGGAAGAAAAAAUCUUAGCAUUAUUCAUGAAGUUUCCAUAAAUUCUUUAGACCUUGUGUUUAGUACAAUGGAUCAAUACACUCCACUUGCUUCAUCGUCAUUACUCACCGCUUCCUUUAGUAUUCCAUUCGGAUUUCAACUUUAUGUACAACAGAUUUCACAGGAAAUUGAAUUAUUUGAUGGUAAAACAAAGUUAGCAACACUUAGUAUUCCAUAUACUACAGCUUCUGGUGACUCUAAGUCUGGAAAUCUUACUUCAGGUUUUGCUCCAACUCAAUUUAAAGUAAUUCCGGGAUCUGAAAAAAAUUUUGAUGAUUUCGCUAAAAGAUUAACGAUGGAGGAAAGUGUCACGCUUAAAAUGAAAGGCAUAGUAAAUGUGAUGUCCAACACUUCGAUUGGUAAUGUAACAAUUGAAGGCAUAAAAUUCAAUGUUCAAACAACCCUUCGAGGAAUUCAAGGUCUUACUUCAUCGCCAACAGUAAUCAAUUCUUUAAAAGUUACCGGUGGAUCUAAUGAUCAUAUAGACAUUGAAUUAUCUGUUAGUUUAUCAAAUCCAUCGAACGUUAAAAUCAUUCUUGACAGUGAUGUCAAAUUUGAUUUGAUAUGUAAUGAAACGAGAAUUGGAAAUGUGAUAAUACCAAAUCUUGUACUUGAUCGUGGCGAAAACAACCUUACAGUUCUUGCUCAAUUUUCACCAAACGGUGAUGAGGAACAACAAGUUGGUCGGAAUUUGUUGAAUAAUUUCUUGGCAGGGAAGACAAAUAAUGUAUCGAUCAAAGGAAAUAAAAAUUCUACCCCAUUAGAACCUUUACGAAAAGCUUUUGAAACUAUAGAAUUGACAACUGUGAUGCCUGGUCUUGUGACAGAAACUCCAAUAUUAAAGAAGGCAUUUUUCUCAAUUAGAUUCAAUUCAUUGUUUGAUCGAAAAGGGAAGGCUUCAAUUGAAAUAUUUAAUCCGUUAGCCACUGUGAUAAGAUUUUUAAAAAUUGAUGCGAAUGUUACGGUGAAAGACAAUUUAAUUGGAGUAAUUGAUCAACAAUUUAACGAAACUACUCAAAUUGUGGUCCAAAGUGGUCAGAAUCUGACAACAGAUGAUAUGGAAUUGGAAUUGAAAAUUAGUGUUAAAGCUAUAAAAAGUUUAGUGGAUGCUGUACAUGGAGACUUGAAAGUUAAUGUCACAAGUAAUAUUUCAAUUAGUGUUGGAGACGAUAAUGGUGGAUUUGUUACUGAUAUCGAUUAUUGUAA